CUAUGGGCCAGUAGCCUCUAUCGAUACCAUAGUCAGAAGAAUCCCCAUACCACUAAAGAUAGAGCCUUACACUUGAUGGAGAGGCAGUUAUUUGUAAACCAAAAACCCAACGCAUUGUACAAUGUGAGAUUCCAAGAAAACUGGAAGAAGGUCGAGAAAUAUUUCAUCUACUGGAGGAGAAAAGUGCCAGAUGCGAAAGCAGUUCCAGCCCCAAACGCUGAGGUGGCGUAG